UGAGAGCCGGCUCUGGUAUGAGCUGCCUGAUGUGCAGAGCAGAGCCAGACUGACAGGGGGGCCAGGGAGACACACAGGGGAAAGAGAGGAAAAACCCUGCCAACAGCACUCAGAGACCAGCCCAGCUCCAAAAAAACGGGAUCAGCCUCUCCUGGACCGCGUUCAAGUCAGCCCAGCACAGCCACCCUUCAGGAGUGCAGGACUGCAAGUAAAGCCAGGCACAGACAGAGGGCUUUUACUGCCUGCACUUUGACUUCACCACCCUACCCUCUGCCAAGAUAUCCUCUUCCGGCUCUACUACUUCAUUUUCAUGUAUUUAUACUAAACCAUUCUAUGAACAAAUAGACAAACAAAUCAAACCACAUAAAGACUUAAUAACCAGUACUUGGAAGUUACAUAAAAAAUAUCCCCUGCCAGAAACAAUUAACUAUCACCUAAGAAAUGUGAAGCAAGCGGGCCAGUGCUGUGUACAGAUUACAGGAUCCCAUUAAUUUAAUGCAAUACAGUGCGAUGGAUGAGUUCCAUCCAUUCAUCGAGGCACUUCUUCCACAUGUUCGUGCAAUUGCCUAUACCUGGUUCAACCUUCAAGCCCGUAAGCGCAAGUACUUUAAAAAACACGAGAAGCGAAUGUCAAAGGAUGAAGAGAGGGCAGUAAAGGACGAGCUUUUAAGUGAGAAGCCAGAAAUCAAACAGAAAUGGGCGUCCAGGCUCUUGGCCAAGCUGCGCAAAGAUAUCCGCCAGGAGUACCGGGAGGAUUUUGUGCUAACUGUGACGGGCAAGAAGCACCCCUGCUGUGUGCUGUCCAACCCAGACCAGAAGGGCAAAAUUAGGAGGAUCGACUGCCUGCGGCAGGCCGACAAGGUCUGGCGUCUGGAUCUAGUCAUGGUCAUCCUCUUUAAAGGCAUUCCCCUGGAAAGUACAGACGGGGAACGGCUUGUCAAAUCGCCACACUGCACCAACCCAGCACUUUGCGUCCAGCCACAUCAUAUAACCGUUUCUGUCAAGGAACUUGAUUUAUUCUUGGCGUAUUAUGUACAGGACCAAGAUCCUGGACAAUCAGGAAGUCCAAGCCACAAUGAUCCUGCCAAGAAUCCACCAGGCUACCUUGAAGACAGUUUUGUAAAGUCUGGAGUCUUCAAUGUUUCAGAGCUUGUGCGAGUGUCUAGAACUCCCAUAACACAGGGCUCUGGAGUCAAUUUCCCCAUUGGUGAGCCACUAAACCAGCCAUACUAUCAUGACCUGAACUCAGCAGUCAGCUUACAGCGGUCCCUGUCUUCACCACCAAGCAGCAAAAGACCCAAGACCAUUUCAAUAGAUGAGAAUAUGGAACCAAGUCCCACGGGGGAUUUCUACCCUUCUCCAAAUUCACCAGCAGCUGGAAGUCGGUCGUGGCAUGACAGAGAUCAAGAUAUGUCCUCCCCCACAAUGAAGAAGCCUGAAAAGCCAUUGUUUAGCCCAACAUCUCCACAGGAUUCUUCAUCGAGACUGAGCACUUUUUCCCAGCACCACCAUCCAGGAAUACCAGGAGUAGGACAUAGUGUUAUUUCAACCCGGACUUCGCCCUCUCCAUUACCAUUUCCAACGCAAGCUAUUCUUCCUCCGGCCCCAUCCUCCUACUUUACUCAUCCAACGAUUCGAUAUCCUCCACACCUGAACCCUCAGGAUGCUCUAAAGAACUACGUUCCUUCGUAUGACCCGUCCAGCCCGCAGACAAGCCAGCCCAACAGUAGCGGGCAAGUUGUGGGAAAAGUGCCCGGCCACUUCACUCCUGUGUUGGCCCCAUCACCACAUCAUGGAGCAGUGAGACCUGUGACUCUUACCAUGACAGACACUAAGCCCAUAACUACAUCCACUGAAGCCUACACAGCCUCUGGCACGUCGCAAGCCAAUCGAUAUGUGGGACUAAGCCCCAGAGAUCCGGCCUUCCUACACCAGCAACAGCUGAGGAUUUGUGACUGGACCAUGAAUCAAAACGGCAGGCAUUUAUACCCCAGUGCCAGUGAGGAAACAUUGGGAAUUGCUUGGCAAAGUCCUGGUACCUGGGCUAGUUUGGUUCCUUUUCAAGUAUCAAACAGGACAUCAAUCCUGCCAAGCAAUGUCCAAAAUUAUGGAUUAAAUAUCAUUGGAGAACCCUUUCUUCAAGCAGAGACAAGUAACUGAGGAGAAAAAAAAUAAACUAAACAUAGAGAAGAAAGGAUAACAGGACAAAAACAUUGAAAGAAAAAAAAAACUUAAGAAAGAGAAGAUAAACUGACCAGCAUUUACAGCACUUACAAUCACUGAUUCCUUUAACCUUUUUAGUACUUUCAGGGCCUGUGAAACAUUGCAAAGCAUAUUUCUUCCAGGACUCCUGGGCACAUAAGGGGUUAAGGCCGAAGCAGUCGUGACACUGAAAGGGUGGCUAAUAUAUUUCACGGAUGGGUAGAAUGCAACUCCUGCUAAACUAGCCUUUGUUAUCUGAUGUCCUCUGGGUAAUAGGCGCUCUUUCUCCACGACAAUAUAUUUUAUAUGACUUUUCUAGAUGCCUUAAUAAUUGCAUGAUAAGCUAGUCCUGUUUGGUUUUAGUCUUCUUGUUGUUUACGCAUGGGAACACUAUUCCCAGUUUACUCACGAAACAAAGGCUGUGAGGUAGCAAUUAAGCUGCAAAAAUAGGGCCCAAAGGCUUCCCCUAUCACCAAUCUGCUUGUUUAUUUUGGUUGUCAUAUUUUACAGCUUGUGAAGGGUAAUGGCAUGCCCUUUAAACACUUAUAUUAGUCAGAAAGAGAUAUAACUGUAAAAAUCCCAGUAUAUAUAAACCUAACUUUUUCUUUUUUUCUUUUUUUUUUUGGCAUGCUACCUAGUUGGCAUUGUCCGAGGAAGCGUUGUACGCAUCAUGUUCUUACUGUAAACUUGCCUUUGUACUGGGUAUAAAGGUACCAGCUCAAAAUUAAAUGAAAAAUAAGAAGAUAGAACACAUGCCCACAACAAAAUAGUACAUUGGCAAGUACUAUUAAAAUAAUAAGAAAGUACUUUAUGGGGCAUAAUUAUUACUAGUCAUUUAGCCCUCUGACUCUAAACAGCAGGGCCCAGUAAAGCUAACACUUUUUCCAAUGCCAGAGGUAACUUCUGGAUUUUUCUGUGUGCUCCAGCAAGCACUAAUUGGUAAAAAAAAAAAAAAAAAAAAGGAAAUUAAUGUAUUUCUAUUCCCUCUGUUUAUGAGGGUCUAUUUAAAGAAUUAAAAAAAAAAUUAAAAGAAAAAAAAAUGAAAGCGGCAAAUCCAGAAAAAAACAUUUAUUCGAGAGAAAUAAAUAAAAUAACACAUAGCACUUAUUGGUUAGGCUGCCACUAUGAAGCUGAGAAUUUUAUUUAUUUAUACUUACCGGUCGCUUUGGGGGAAAGAGGUGGGAAACAGCACUACUAAGAGGAUAUAUGGAUGGCUCACGUUGACGUAAAGUUCACACUUUCAGUCUUCGUCAUGGAAACAGCAGAUACAAGGAGAUCAUUCCUUUCUCCCUGAAACUUGCAUGGUGCUGUCAGUAUUUUGUUCAAACACGUACAUUGUCACAAUGAUAUAUAAUGCGCAUGACCCAGAAAAUUACGCCUCUCUAAUUCUUAAGAACGAUAAAAAGAAUAGUAAUUAAGUAAACUUUCCAGUAGAUAUAAUUUGCACGAAAAUAUAAUGUCCACAUUACGUGCCUUGCCUUAAAUUUAAAAAAAAAAAAGUGACAUCAUUACACUUGUUUUGCUGCAUUUAUUAUAAUUUUAAAUCUUUACCAUUUUUAUGACAAAAAUAUUUUGUACUCCAGAGGGGGGGGCGGGGGGGGGGGGGAAAUAAUAUGUGACAACCUGGAUUUUUUAGACAGUAAUAACUUCUCACAUUUAUAAAGCAUAUCAAGGCUGUGUAUAGUUGCCGCUUAAACAAAAAAAACAAAAACAAAAAAAAAACAACCCUGUAAUCAACCAGCAAUAUUUUCAGUAUUUUGGUGUUUUUUCUAUUAACCUUUCAUGUUUUUCAUCUUCCAAUUAAUAAGGGGAAGGAGGGAGGGGUAUAGAUAUGGGGUUUAAAUUUUUAUAAAUUAUGCAAUACCAAGUUUUGCCUAUGUAGGUUGUGCUUUUAGCAGUAUUUGGUUAUUUUAGGUAAUUUCGCAGAUAAGAAAAUAAAAAACCAUAAGAAAAGAACAAAAAAAAAAAAAAAAGGACCCAAUAAUUUAAUGUAUGCUUUUUCUUUUUCAUUUUAUUUCAUUGACCAAAGUGCGUACUGCUAUUUUUGCAGUGUGGUGAGGUCCUUUUGUGUACUGACAUUUAGUGGGAAAUAUGUAUAUAUACAUAUAUAUAUAUAUAUAGAGAGAGAGAGAGAGAGAGAGAGAGAGAGAG